AUGCUUCGGUUUCGUAGUCCAAGCCUCCGCUCUCUGGAUCAAGAGAUCCAGGUCACGAUUCGGUUACUGGACGACUCUGAGAUCUCGUGCAGCAUCCAGGUCAUCAGAAGCCACAGAUUGUGUUGUGUUUUUUCCCCACAGAGAGAAACCAAGGGCCAGUUCCUGGUGGAUCAUGUGUGUAACCAUUACAGCCUCCUGGAGAAGGACUACUUUGGCAUCAGAUAUGUCGACCCAGAGAAGCAGAGGCACUGGCUGGAGCCCAAUAAACCCAUAGUGAAGCAGAUGAAGUCUCAGCAGCCCUACACAAUGUGCUUCCGGGUCAAAUUCUACCCUCACGAGCCAAUGAAGAUCAAAGAGGAGCUCACCAGGUAUCUACUCUAUCUGCAGCUGAAGAGGGACGUCUACCACGGGCGUCUCUUGUGCCCCUUCGCUGACGCAGCCUACCUGGGGGCCUGUAUUGUACAGGCUGAACUAGGGGACUAUGACCAAGACGAACACCCGCCAGACUACAUCCAAGACUUCAAACUGUUCCCCAAGCAGUCGCUUAAACUGGAGAGGAAGAUCAUCGAUAUUCACAAGAACGAGCUGAGGGGGCAGUGUUCUGCUGUGGCCGAGCUUCAUCUCCUCCAGAGGGCACACAACCUGGAGACAUACGGAGUGGACCCUCACCCCUGCAAAGACUUCACAGGAUCCACAGCCUUCCUGGGAUUUACAGCCACUGGGUUUGUGGUGUUCCAGGGAAACAAGAGAAUCCACCUGCUCAAAUGGGCUGAUGUCAACAAACUGAAGUUUGAGGGGAAAACAUUCUAUGUCAUUGGAAUUCAGAAAGAGAAGAAACUGGUGCUGACGUUCCACACCUCUACCCCAGCGGCGUGUAAACAUUUGUGGAAGUGUGGGGUGGAGAACCAAGCAUUUUACAAAUGUGCAAAGUCAAGCCAGAUCAAGACUGUGUCCAGCAGUAAUAUUUUCUUCAAGGGAAGCAGGUUUCGGUACAGUGGAAGAGUUGCAAAAGAAGUCAUUGAAGCUAGCUCCAAGAUCCAGAGAGAGCCACCGGAGGUGCAUAGGUUACACUUUGGGCAGAGCAGAAGCUUCAACUCACUGAGCCACAAAAACCUGAUCAUAAACAUGGAGCCUCUUGUCCCUGCACUGCCCUCCACCAAUGAGUAUGAAGAGACCUCGGCAGACAAUGACUCCAAUCACAGAGCUAAAAAUACACCUCCCAUGAGCCUCCCUGAGGACACCAUGCUGCCGACGGACUUGGGUGAGGGGCUGGGUGAGGGGCUGGGUGAGGAGCUGGGUGAGGAGCUGGGUGAGGAGCUGGGUGAGGGGCUGGUUGAGGAGCUGGGUGAGGGGCUGAGUAAGGGGCUGGUUGAGGAGCUGGGUGAGGAGCUGGGUGAGGGGCUGAGUAAGGGGCUGGGUGAGGGGCUGGUUGAGGAGCUGGUUGAGGAGCUGGGUGAGGGGCAGGGUGAGGGGCAGGGUGAGGAGCUGGUUGAGGGGCUGGGUGAAGGGCUGGUUGAGGAGCUGGGUGAGGAGCUGGUUAAGGGGCUGAGUGAGGGGCUGAGUGAGGGGCUGAGUGAGGGGCUGGUUGAGGAGCUGGUUGAGGAGCUGGGUGAGGAGCUGGUUGAGGGGCUGGGUGAGGGGCUGGUUGAGGAGCUGGUUGAGGGGCUGGGUGAGGGGCUGGUUGAGGAGCUAGGUGAGGAGCUGGUUGAGGGGCUGGUUGGGGGGCUGGGUAAGGAGGAAGAGGAGAUCCUAGGUGUGGGUUGUGGGGAGGUUCUGGAGGAGCGGGGAGAUGCGGUGCGCUGCCGGUUAAAGAUCACCACCAGUCACAACCUGCAGCUCCGCAUGGCCAACCACACGGCCCGGGACGUCUAUGUACGCCUGCUCGGCCACGGGGAGCGCAUCUCUGGGACCGGACUACUGGCUCUGAAGGACUCUGUUCACUUGUCCCCCCUGAAGCCAUCUACCACCCCCACGGAACGAGAGCUGGAGUGGCUGGAGGGCUCUGCUCUGGGGCAGCACAAGGAGGACGAGGCCCCUACUAGGGCUGGGGGGGAGGCAGAGGGGCAGGAAGAGGAUGAGGAGGAAGAGGAGACGAGUGGAGUCCUGACCAUCUCUGAGUUGGUGUACAACCCCUGUGCCAGCAUGCUGCCCACGCCGGUGGACGACGGCCAGGGAGGGGUUGACCUGCUGUUCCAGAGCCCCAUCCAGAGCCCUGCUCGCCUGCUGAGAGAGCUACAUGCUGACCCUGACAUCCAGGCCCAGCUGGUGGCCGAGAGGGUGCGUGACCGUGCCUUCGAGCGUGCACGUGUGGUGGGGAGGAGCAUGUUAGGUAGCGGGCUUCGCCUCCUGACGAGGAAUGAGCGGGUGAACACGUGCGUGCUGAGCGCGGUCCGCCUCAUCGCCAUGGUGAUAGGGGUGCUGCUGGUUGCCGUACCGAUGCUGCUGCUGCUGCUGGAGUCGGACAUAGACGUGUCGUUUUUGCACGAGAUCAGGCAGACACCUGAGUUUGAGCAGUUCCACUACGAGUACUACUGCCCACUGCGUCGCUGGAUCCUCUGUAAGACCAGCAUGGUCAUGGAGAGGCUGGGAUGGGACUGAAGAGGAGAGGAGACACGAGAGUGGAAAGACAAAUGGAGGAGUAGGAAGAGGAGGAAAGUUGAGGGAGGGUUGCUUUCACUCUGUACCAUGUUUCUGUCUGCUCGCUCCUGAUGCUGACACGCUGAUGGGUAUUGGUUGUGAUUGGACAGUGAUUUUCUAGUAGGUACGAGACAAAUAUGUCUCUGGAGCUCAUUUGAUUGACUCUCCUCUUCAUAACAGAGUCAGUGAUUGAUCCCAGACACUGUCAGUAAUGGCGGAGUGGGCGGGAUAGAGAGAGAACAUAGAUCUGAGAGCAACCCUAUAUCACUGGCAACAUAACAGCCACAGCCUACAGAUAGAUACACUACAUGACCAAAAGUAUGUGGACACCUGCUUGUCGAACAUUUCAGUCCAAAAUCAUGGGCAUUAAUAUGGAGUUGGUCCCCCUUUGCUGCUAUAACAGCCUCCACUCUUCCGGGAAAGCGUUCCACUAGAUGUUGGAACAUUGAGCAGGGACUUGCUUCCAUUCAGCCACAAAAGCAUGAGUGAGGUUGGGCACUGAUAUUGGGCAAUUAAGCCUGGCUCACAGUCGGCGUUCCAAUUCAUCCCAAAGGUGUUAGAUGGGGUUGAGGUCAGGGCUCUGUGCAGGCCAGUCAAGUUCUUCCCCACUGAUCUUGACAAACCAUUUCUGUAUAGACUUCACUUCGUGCAUGGGGGCAUUGUCAUGCUGAAACAGGAAAGGGCCUUCCCAAAACUGUUGCCACAAAGUUGGAAGCACAGAAUCUUCUAGAAUGUCAUUGUAUGCUGCAGCAUUAAGAUUUCCUUUCACUUGAACUAAGGGGCCUAGUCCUACCCAUGAAAAACUUCCCCAGACCAUUAUUCCUCCUCCACCAAACUUUAGAGUUGGCACUAUGCAUUCGAGCAGGUAGCGUUCUCCUGGGACCGCCAAACCCAGAUUCGGUUGUCAGACUGCCAGAUGGUGAAGAGUGAUUCAUCACUCCAGAGUCGAAUGGCGGCAAGCUUUACACCACUUCAGCCGACGCUUGGCAUUGUGCAUGGGGAUCUUAGGCUUGUCUGUGGAUGGAAAUCCAUUUCAUGAAGCUCCUGACAAACAGUUCUUGUGCUGACGUUGCUUCCAGAGGCAGUUUGGAACUUGGUAGUGAGCACUCGGUGGUCCCGUUCUGUGAGCUUGUGUGGCCUACCACUUCGCGGCUGAGCCAUUGUUGCUCCUAGACAUUUCCACUUCACAGUACCAGCACUUACAGUUGACUGGGAAAGCUCUAGCAGGGCAAAAAUUUGAAGAAAUUACUUGUUGAAAAGGUGGCAUCUUAUGACAGUGCCACGUUGAAGGCCACUAAGCUCUUCAGUAAGGCCAUUCUACUGCCAAUGUUUGUCAAUGGACAUUGCAUGGUUAUGUGCUCGAUUGUAUACACCUGACAGCAACGGGUGUGGCUGAAAUAGCCCAAUCCACUAAUUUGAAGGGGUGUCCACAUACUUUUGUAUAUAUAGUGUAUAUAUGUAUAUUUACAAAAAAAAUGAAUAUUGAUCUAAAUAAAUCUUUAAAGUUCUUUUUAAUGUUUUGUAAAAAAUAAAUGUGAUGCAAAGUAUUUCAGGAAUUUUUCAGUCAGAGGAUCUACUUACAAGUUAAUUGAAGCUAUGGGUUGGGGGUCAAAGUCAACUAUUUUUAAAGACUACUGUCACUCGGCUUGACUGGUAGCACCAUGGGUUUUACUACAAAGAUAUAGCACAAUCUUUUACAACACAUAUGAACUGUUUCAGAUUCUCUGAUGUCAUUGGAGUCAGGUGGCACAGGUUUGGUUAACUGUCUGUUUGUGUUGAACUAAAUGUGAUAUUAUUGAAGGUUUCAGUCAGUCACCUGGCAAGUGGAUUUGAGAGUUUUAACAUAAAUAUGUGAUGUUAGCAACAGUAGAAUACAGUGCCUUUCGGAAAGUAUUCAGACCCCUUGACUUAUUCCACAUUUUGUUAGGUUACAGCCUUAUUCUAAAAUGGAUGAAAUUGUUUUUUUUCCCUCAUCAAUCUGCACACAAUACCCAAUAAUUACAAAGCAAAAAACGUUUUUUAGAAAUUGUUGUUAAUUUAUUAAAAAUAAAGACCAGAAAUAUCACAUUUACAUGAUUAUUGAAACCUUUUAGUCAGUACUUUGUUGAAGUACCUUUGGCAGCCAUUACAGCCUCGAGUCUUCUUGGGUAUAACGCUACACCUGUAUCUGGGAAGUACCUUUGGCAGCCAUUACAGCCUCGAGUCUUCUUGGGUAUAACGCUACACCUGUAUCUGGGAAGUACCUUUGGCAGCCAUUACAGCCUCGAGUCUUCUUGGGUAUAACGCUACACCUGUAUCUGGGAAGUACCUUUGGCAGCCAUUACAGCCUCGAGUCUUCUUGGGUAUAACGCUACACCUGUAUCUGGGAAGUACCUUUGGCAGCCAUUACAGCCUCGAGUCUUCUUGGGUAUAACGCUACACCUGUAUCUGGGAAGUACCUUUGGCAGCCAUUACAGCCUCGAGUCUUCUUGGGUAUAACGCUACACCUGUAUCUGGGGAGUUUCUCCCAUUCUUCUCUGCAGAUCUUCUCAAGCUCUGUCAGGUUGGAUGGGGAGCGUUGCUGCACAGCUAUUUUCAGGUCUCUCCAAAGAUGUUCGAUCGGGUUCUGGCUGGGCCACUCAAGGACAUUCAGAGACUUGUCCCGAAGCCCCUCCUGCGUUGUCUUGGCUGUGUGCUUAGGGUUGUUGUCUUGUUGGAAGGUGAACCUUCUCCCCAGUCUGAGGAUCUGAGCGUUCUGGAGCAGGUUUUCAUCAAGGAUAUCUCUGUACUUUGCUCCGUUCAUCUUUCUCUCAAUCCUGACCAGUCUCCCAGUCCCUGCCGCUGAAAAACAUCCCCACAGCAUGAAGCUGCCUCCACCGUGCUUUACCGUAGGGAUGGUACCAGGUUUCCUCCAGAUGUGACACUUGGCAUUCAGGCCAAAGAGUUCAAUCUUGUUCUUUAGGUGCCUUUUGGCAAACUCCAAGCGGGCUGUCAUGUGUGUUUUACUAAGGAGUGGCUUCCAUCUGGCCACUCUACCAUAAAGGCCUGAUUGGUGGAGUGCUGCAGAGAUAGUUGUCCUUCUGUAAGGUUCUCCCAUCUCCACAGAGGAACUCUAAAACUCUGUCAGAGUGACCAUCGGGCUCAUGGUAACCUCCCUGACCAAGGCCCUUCUACCCCGAUUGCUCAGUUUGGUCUGGCAGCCAACUCUAGGAAGAGUCUUGGUGGUUCCAAACUUCUUCUAUUUUAGAAUGAUGAAGGCCACUGUGUUCUUGGGGACCUUCAAUGCUGCAUAAUUUUGGGAGGUAUUCUUCCCCAGAUCUGUGUCUUGAAACAAUCCUGUCUCAGAGCUGUACGGACAAUUCCUUCGAUCUCAUGGCUUGGUUUUUGCUCUAGAAGAAAAGAAACGCACAGCUAUUUAGGCGAGGUGCUGGCUAGCGGAGUAGAACACUUGAAAAUAAAGGAGAGCUGCACUCUCUAGGAGCUCAGAUGCAAAAAUGUAAUGUCCAACGUUUCGACAGCCAAGCAGAAACGUUGGAUAUUACAUUUUUGCAUCUGAGCUCCUAGAGUGUGCGGCUCUCCUUUGGUUUUUGCUCUGACAUGCACUCUCAACUGUGGGACCUUAUAUAGACAGGAGUGUGCCUUUCCACAUCAUGUCCAAUCAAUGAAAUUUACCACAGGUAGACUCCCAUCAAGUUGUAGAAACAUCUCAAGGAUGAUCAAUGGAAACAUGAUGCACCUGAGCUCAAUUUCGAGUCUCAUAGCAAAGGGUCUGAAUACUUAUGUAAAUAAGGUAUUUCUGGUUUUAGUUAAAUUUGCAAACAUUUUUAAAAACUGUUUUCACUUUGUCAUUAUGGGGUAUUGUGUGUAGAUUGCUGAGGAUUUGUAUGUAUUUAAUCCAUUUUAGAACAAGGCUGUAACGUAACAAAAGGUGGAAAAGGCAAGGGGUCUGAACUUUCCGAAGGUACUGUAUAUCUCAUGGUCAGUCGGAACUGAAAUGCCAGGCUGUAUAGAAAAGGAAAGUCAUUCAUGGCUGUUAUUUUAUGAUUGUAGUGGUUGACCAAUAAGAGGAUGCAUUAGUAAGAUAUUGGUGAAGCAUCGUGGCAGAUGAUUGGUAAGUGAUGGUUUGAAUGGGAGGGCCAUACAGCUGUCAGUUUAAUAUCUACUUAUUAUGUUACCUUAAGUACAGUAAUAUUGAGAGAAGCAGCUGGUGGUGGGGAAAAACAUGUUCAGAUUCAUUGGUUGUGAGUGAAAGGUAAUACAGCAUGAACAGAAUUCUGAUCAGCCGAAAUAGCCAAAUACACUUAAUGGCCAGUUUAUUAGGUAUACCCAUCUAGCCUCCAGAACAGCCUGAAUUCAGCGCACCUAGCUCCUACGAUCAUACCACGUACAAAGUCACUUAGGGCACUGGUUUUGCCCAUUCUAACAUUCAAUGGAACAGUAACUGAAUGCCUCCCUGCCUGUCUGCCUGCUUUAUAUAGCAAGACACGGCCACCUGACUCACUAUCUGUAGGAGCGAAUCAUUUUUGUGAACGGGGUGAACCUAAUAAACUGGCCACUGAGUGUAUAUCAAUUUGGACCGUAUUCUCAGGAAAGGACAUACGCACGUUGAAUUAUGUCUCUGUGUGUGCAAACACAAUAUGAUCUAAACGAACACCACAUUAAAACACACAACUUACUUUAUAGUCGUAAACAUUUUGUGAAUAUAAAAUAUCCUUUAAUUAACCCUAUCAUUAUAUCUCAACAGGUUUGUAGCCAUAAAUGUCAGUUAAAUUCUGUAUCUUUUAUUCUCUAACACACAGGCACUGACUCAUUGUCACAGCUCAAUCUUCUGGUCCCAAUUUACAAGUACUCUAAUGACCCACAAUGUCUUUAACUCGUCUGCAGUACUGUAGGAUGACCACAGAAAUCACUCUCAUUACCCCUAUUCUAUUAGCCACAGUGUAAUCAUCAAAUGUGUGUUCAUGUGAAUAAACGAUAACGUUAUGCGUAACCAGCUUUAAACAGUGGGCUGAACCAAGGAGAUGUUCUCCCACGGCACUGACUUCAAAACAUACUUGUUUUCUUUUUCUCAGAGACAUUACACACUUUCAAGGUAUACCCCCCCCCCCCCCCCCCCCACACACACACACGUAUAACACAAUGUAUAGGCCUAAUGUAUACACAUGUCCAAUAAGACAUGCCCUAGCGUCAGUACUUUGUUAAUAGGCCACACCCUUUAGUGGGCCUGACCUCACUCAUGCUGUGGAUGAGCUCUGAGCUGCAGACUGCAUGCCUUCGUCUGUAAAUACUGUUAUAUAGAGAAAAGCCAAUCGUGGUGCAGAACUUUCUUUCUUUGUGUCUUUCGCUUGUAAGCAACCCAUGUGUAGGUUACCUUCCAGCUUAGAUGCAUGCACGACAUCCAUAUUUUAGCAAGUGGGUAGUGCACAGUGGGUAGUGCACAGAAUAACCUUGAGUGACGUUGUGCGAGGUGUAGGGGGUUUUCAGUUCAGCGUUCGUUAUUCUGAAAGCCACUAGAAGCCAACUGUCUGCCUGAGAUUUUUGGGGCAUUAAAAGAAGCCAAUCAGAUGGCAAGAAAUUAAAUUCUAUAAUGAUGGUCAGAGGAAAUGCAUAAUGAAACCAGUGAUCAUGUAGAACCAUAAACCAGUUUAGCAGAUUCAUUUUAUUUAAAUCCAGCACGUUUGAUACUGCAUUUCAAAACAUGGGGACUAUUGUCCAUUUGGAAUUGUGUCUCAAGUAGAAUAGGUUGCUUUUAUGUGUCUGUGACCAUAAACAUAGCUAGAUGUCUAACACCUGACCUUAUUGCUAACAUAUGUCACUGAUGAUGUUAGCAUGGACACACACAUCAUGUUAUCCAUAUCAUAACAAGCCAGUCUAUGACAAAGGCCAUAGUAUUCUGUGGACGAUAAAGUUCUGAAGCCCAAUAACACCGUAGCAUUCUCCUUUGUGUUAUCUAUUUCUCAGCCUUUCCAUCAUGUUUUCUUAGCAGGGAAACUGCCCACAAUGAAGCUCUACAGAACAUGUUUAGUUUGUUUUUAAUGUUUUUCAAUCAGUGUUUAAGGACUGAGAGUUGAAAGUACCAUGCUAGUGAUAAAGUUAUGUCAUCACAAGUUGAAAGACUGAAAUGCAAUUUAUACACUGCUGAUUUGGCCGUCAAGACUCGGCACAAAUACUGUGAUUAAAAAACAACAUGCAAUCACAUGAGUUGAUGUCAUACGUACCACCCACUUUCUCUUCAGUGAUCUGAUUCAAAAAGAUCGUCCAGGUGUAUGACACGUAUAUGCAAACCUGUAAGACAUCACAUGGUACAGAUGGAAGGAGAUGUUCUUUCAUAGAUUAUUUCGAUGUUAAAUGGGCAUGUAACGUGUUUUGCACGGAUAGCAGCGUUACCCUCCGUAGCUGUUUGUUGUUAUCAGUUUGUAGGACUUGUUUUUGUUAUUCGGUCUCUUUUAAAACAACUCUGGGAGUAAAUUGAGAAAAAAAAGAGCAAGUUUUCAGUUGUUUGACCACUGCUGGAACACAAAGCCUUAUGAACUUUGUAAAGUGAAUUUUGAAUGUUUGUAUGUUCAAAGAAAAACAUGGUUGUUUUAUAUGUUAAUACUGCCACAAUAAAGCCCCCCAAAUGAAUAUAUAUUGAAA